UGUAAUACAGAUCAACGCUCGAGCAAACCUAAAGUACAGCACGCGUAUAUUUCUUGACAACGGUUUGUCCUCUUAUUUUUUCAAUCCCUCGUGUGAUUAAUCGAUACUGCUGUCAAAUUCGUCUUUAAAAAUCAUAGCAACGACCUUCAAAUGCCACCCUGCUGCAUACAUCUGUAAUAAUAGGCGAGUGACAAAAACAAUCAUAUCACGCAUUUCAUGACUAAGCUGAUCUCGAGCGGCAUGAUCGGAAUGCGUGACGCGGGGCCUGGAAUUGAGCCUGUUUCUGGCCGCGAGGACCAUAAGGACAGGUGCUACUGAAGCCAUUAAACUCGACGCCAAGUUAGUCUCGCUUUUCUAGCUCUGGUGACCAGCUUAACAGAGCGUUAAAAUGCCCGUACUUAAGACGUUUUACCGUGCGAUGUCCGAGGAAUCUCCGCUAUAAACACCCACAGAUCGUCUCAUGGCAAAUUCCCUGAAGGCAAAUAUAACACUGACUUUAGAUGAGGAGAAGGAAGGAGCUAAAGAGAUGGAAAAUGCGUUAGAAGAGCUUGCAGAGGAAGAAGAGGAUAAAGAGGAGAGGAAGGCACGGGUUGCAGCAGAAGAGGCAGCAGCCAGAGAGAGAGCCGCUCAGAGGCAGCUCAUGGCAAUAGAGGAGAUGGUGCACACAGAGAAAAACUACCUGAAACAUCUGCAGAUCUGCACGGUCACCAUAAACAGCAACCUGCAGAAACUACAGCCUCCUCCACCAAACUUAGAGAACAUGUUCCAGCACAUAGAUGAAGUUAUGGAAGUUUCCAGUAGACUCCUGAGUCUUCUAGAUCAGGCACAAAUGCAGCACAGUGACCCAAAAUAUCUGGAAACAUUGUGUGACUCUUUCUUGAGUCUGUCUCAAGAUAUUGAAAUGGCUUAUAAGGAGUAUCUUGCCAACUACAACAAUAUCACCGCUCUGGAAAACAGCUACAAACAGAAAGAGGCCCUGUGGAUGGAGAUGGUCAGAAUCAUCAAAUCCUCUGCUCCUGAUGUGAACGCGUCUACUUUGAGCUUCUUCCUGGUAAUGCCGGUCCAGAGAAUCGCCCGUUACCCCCUACUUUUCCAGACCAUUCAGAAACACACAGACCCCCAACACCCUGCCUACCCUGAACUGGAGCACACCGCUCACACGGCCAUCCAGAUCAACUGCAGGAUCAAUGAAUACAAACGCUUCCGUGAAGUGGCUGACAAGUACAAGAAGACAGAAAACCUGACCAUCAAGGACAAGCUUAAUCGGUUGAGUGGCCACAGCAUUGCUAAGAAGACAGCCCGGUUCAGCCAGUAUAUAAAGCAUGAGACCGGAAUAGUGCCAAAGUUAAAGGAUGAAGAAUUCGAUGCCCUAGCUGGCUUCUUCUUUGUCCUGGAAAGGGGCGUCUCAGAGCUUCAUGAUAACCUGCUGACUUAUCUCCACCAUUUACAGAGGUUCCUCAGCUGCAGACCAGAGGAAGCAGAUCUUGAUCUUGAAGGGGAGAAAACCGCCUUGUUCUCCAAAGAAAUCACAGUGGCGCUCAGACAGUGGAUAUACCCCUCAUAUGAGAAGCGUUUGAAGACUCUGGUCUUUAAGCCGCUGAGCUCACUUCGGGAACUGAUGGCAGGACCGCGUAACCUGAUUCGCAAACGUCAAGAUAAGCUACUGGACUAUGAGCCAAUCGAGGAGAAGAGUAACCUGACUUUUGAGGAGCAAGCCAUAGCUAACACGUAUAAGACCAUGAACACUCUGCUGCUGAACGAAUUGCCGCAGUUCAAUGGAAAAGCCCUGCAGCUCAUGUGGGCCGCUUUAGAGGCCUUCAGCGUCCUUCAAAGAGACCUAGCAACUGAUAUGGAGCAACUGGCCACCAGCUUCACCCAUCAGCUCCCACACAGUUAUUUGGAGGCUGGUGACUUCUGGAAGUGGGCAGAGACCUCUGUGCUGGAGGGUUCGUGGAGGAUGGAGAGCCUGUGUCGGAGUGUUCAAGAUGAGCUCAAUGCUCCCAUUGUGCAGGCACUCAAUACUGUCAGCAAGAAACGUCUCAUGUAUCUGAAUGCAAACCAUGGCUCAGAGAAGAUCUACCAGCUGACAGGCCCUGUGGUGGGCACUCGUGACCUGGACCUGACCCUCAACAAGGGAGAGCUGGUAGCUGUCGUCUGUGAGAUGGACACGCGAGGAGACCGCCGCCGCUGGCUGGUUGAUGCAGGAGGCCCAAGGGGAUACGUGCCUGCCUCAAAACUGGCACGUUACCACCAGCUGACAAUUGACCCACCACAGUCUCCUCAUCUGAACGUUACACCUACUGGUCCAGGACCCAGAAGACACUCCUACACACCUGGAGCCCAGCCACACCUGACCACUAUCACCACACCAUGUUUUCAGGUGUACGCUGGCUAUGACUUCACAGCAAGGAGCGCUCAUGAGCUUUCUCUUAGAGCAGGUGAGCCGGUGCGAGUGGUGGAGCCUCACGAUAAACGUGGGAACAAAGAAUGGAGUCUGGUGGAGGCACGUGGCCAGAGAGGCUACGUCCCCUCCAACUACCUCACCCUCCUACCUUCUGUAAUCGCCUCACCCACCUUCCCUUACCGCUAGACAUGGGGAAUAGCCAUCAUCUGCUGCUGAUAUGAGUGCUAUUCCAAACACACACAGACCAUGAGAAGCACUUUCCCUGAAGAGCUGUUGAUGCGCGAGGGGGCGGAUGGCUGCUGUUUGAUGCGUCAUUUGACUGGUGUAUGUAUUGGAGUGGUGCUUGGAGCCCUGCUGUGGAGUGGUCAUCCAUAUACUUGAUCUUUGCUUCACCCUGAGGCUGUUGCUGGUGGAGAUUGUUUUAUCCAAUUGGAGAAGAGCUGCAGGGGCGGGCAGACACACUGUUAUGGCACAUGGGUGGUGGUGGAGUGUGCUGUUUCCUGCAAUUAACACACCUCCACUGUCUAUUGGAUCAACGCUUUGAGCAGCCCUGGCACCGCUUGUCUGGUACUGCUCGGAGAAAUGGAGAAUAUUUGCAGCUUACUUUUGAGAAUGGAUUUUGUUUUGUGAGUCAGAGCUCUUUUGCACUGAUUUCCAACCCACUUGAGAUGACUAAUGCGCAAAUUUGCAUACAUGAUUUUUUAAAGCGUUAUAAUGCUUGAUGAACUGUUUUUAGAUAUUUAAAUGUGGAUGUAAAAACGUAUUUGGACACUUAGGACACACAAAUUUAAUGCAUGUCAUUGAUCCAUACAUCAAGUAUAUAUAUAUGCAUAACAACAUGGCACACACACCCUUCUUAAGCAUUUUUUUAAUAUUAUUAAACAAUAUAUAUAUAUACAUAUAUAUUAGGGCUGCUCGAUUUUGGG